GGCUGCCUUCACAUAAAUCCUCUUUUGCUUUUUCAUUUCCCACCAAAACGAGAGGAGGAGAAACCAAAAAGAAAUAAACCAAAAAGAUCCAUGAAUUUACCAUAAUACCUUCCUCAGCUGCUCGAGACUUCGCUCUAGCUGAAGAUUCCUGCUCACCAGUUCAACAGGAAUAUCCCUUUCUGAAGAAAUCUGAAGCUAAGUUCACAGCAUGGACAUCAUCUCUCAGCUGCAAGAACAAGUCAACACAGUUGCAGCUCUUGCCUUCAAUACCUUUGGAACGCUACAAAGAGAUGCCCCGCCAGUUCGACUUUCUGCAAAUUAUCCUGAACCAGCUGCUAAAUCCUCAGAGGAUGCAAUCAAUGUAGCAGAGCAACCCAAGGCCAUGAGUGCUGCUCUCGUUCAAGCUGCAAAGCAGUUUGAUGUGCUUGUCACGGCACUGCCAUUGGCAGAGGGAGGUGAGGAGGAACAAUUGAAAAGGAUUGCAGAACUCGAGGCGGAAAAUGAAGCAGUAGGACAAGAGCUUCAGAAGCAAUUGGAGUAUGCAGAACAGGAAUUAAAGCAGGUCCAGGAGCUGUUUAACCAAGCGGCAGACAACUGUUUGAACUUGAAGAAACCUGACUGAUUAUUGACAUGUACGGUGGGCGUGAUUUCAGAAUUUUAUCAGUGUUCAGACUCCACGGUAAUCUCUAGAAUGAUGUGAUUCUUGCUUCUUUCUUGUUAUUCUCUUCUUCUUUUUUCUCCCUAAUGUUCUUGUGAAGAUUGACAUGGUGUUGUAUACUUUGGAAAUGGCAUUUCGAAUUGUCUU